CUGCCGUCAGCGCCCCUUCCCGGCGGCCGCGACCCUCCGCGGUGACCUCACCCGCGCCGCCGCCUCGUGCGGAUAUAAGCGGCGGCCCCGGCGAGGACCGGCAGCCGGCGCCCCGGGUCCUGCGAGCGCUCCCGGACUCCUGACCCGCCGACUCCAGACCUCUAAGCUCCCGACUCCGAGCCCCCGAAUCCCAGACCGGUCCCGCGGAGCUCGCGCCGGGCAGACGCCGCGAUGCCGAGCCCUUGGUUGCUGCUCGCCAUUGCUUUGACCCUGACUCUGACCAGUGUCUCCGGCGACCGCGCACAGCCCGAGGUGGCCCAGCAGGAGGCGGCGAUGGCCGCCGAGCACCCGGGCCUGGACGACCUCCUGCGCCAGGCGGAGCGCCUACUCCUCCUCCGGGAGGAGCUCCAGCGGCUGCGAGGGGACCAGCGCGAGCGCGCGUCAGAGUCCCAGAUCUUUCAACCUGACUGGCUCUCCAAGCGUCAGCAUCCAGGCAAAAGGGAGGAGGAGACAGAGGAGGGAGCUGAAGAGGAGGAGGAAGAAGGAGGGGCUGUGGGACCCCACAAACGGCAGCACCCCGGCCGGCGGGAGGAUGCGGCUGCCUGGUCAGCUGAUGUAACCCAGCAGAAGCGGCAGCACCCUGGCCGGCGCUCCUCCUGGCUUGGGUACACUUUCACCAAGAGGCAGCACCCGGGCAGACGGCUGGUGGAUCCCCAGGCCCAAAGGAGUUGGGAAGAGGAGGAGGAAGAAGGGGAGGAGGGAGAGCUGAUGCCUGAGAAACGCCAGCAUCCGGGCAAGAGGGCCCUGGCAGGCCCAUGUGGGCCCCGGGCAGCCUGUGGUCAAGCCCGCCUCCUACUGGGGCUCCUGGAUGACCUGAGCAGGGGCCAGGGGGCCGAGGAGAAGCGGCAGCACCCCGGGCGGCGGGCGGCCUGGGCCAGGGAGCCCCUGGAGGAGUGAGCCCGGUUUCCUGUAAAGUCGAGUUUGGGGUCUAAGGAUAUCUUGAGCCCUCUGUGCCCUAUCCCUUUGUGACCCUCCUCUUUCCCUCCUCCUUAGAUCCCUGACCAUAAACCUGAGCCCCUUGUAUACACACACGCAUAUUACUCCACCUUGCACCGCUGGCAAGGGAGCAGAUCCCAGAGUCUCUCUCCUGUCACCCCCACAGGCCUGCUCCCCUUCCUUAGCCAUGGCUACAAGGACCCUUCUGUGUCUUCUAAGGAAUCUCCAGAGAGGGGGCUGGGGGCCUCUGGGGCCAGCAGCCAGUGAGGGUGGAGUGGGAUUGCAGCUGUGGCGGCCGAGUCCUGCUUCCAUCCCCUGCCCCGUGUGUCAGGAUUCACCCUCAGGAUCCAGGACGUCCCCUUCUUGGGCAUCCUUUUGCAGCUGGGCAGAGCACUGACCCACAGCUGUGUUCUGCUUAGGGGAAGCAUUGUAGCUGGAGACCCCCUGUGGUGCUGUGCUGUGUGGUGGCUGUGGGAAUAAAUGCGUGUAGGAAUAUGUAAACGUUGCCCUGGAAGUCAUGGCUUGUCUGUAACCCUCUAGGCACCUUCCCCUCGUCAAUGAUCAUCAUCCUAAUGAUAAUAAAACAUGCAUCUAGGUAAUCUUGGA